AUGGCAUCCAAUUCAGAAGAUGAAGUUAUGAACCAUAUAUCCGAUGUUGAGGAGGAUGAUGACCUAUUUGGAGAUGUUCCCGAUGAAGAACCAGAAACUGCACCACCCCGAAUAUUGAGCGACGCGGAAUUGGAUUCGGGGGAUGAUUCAGGGCGCGAUGAUAGAGUGCUAGAUAAAGAAGACGAAGAAGAAUCGCCAGCUGAAGACACACGAAAUGCGCGAAUUCUUGAGGCUGAUAUCUUCAGGCAUCCAGUUCCAAGACCUUCAGAUGGAGAAUUCCAUACAUUACGCCUACCCAACUUCUUUGGAAUCGAACCUCGAGAGUACAGUCCCCAAACUUUUGAAAUUCCCGUUUCCGAUCAUAAUGUUACAACUCAAUCCGCAAACUUCUCCGCGAGAAACGUGGCGGAAUCAACCAUUCGCUAUCGCAAGACAGAUUCUGGCAAACUCGAAAGCAAUACGAAUAUAUACACAUGGAGCGACGGUAGUACCACUAUAGCUAUCGGUGAUCAACAUUAUGAGUUGCAGAGCAAACCUCUUGCGCCAGCUAAGGAUAGCAAGUAUCAAGAAGUGCUAGACUCACAUCAUUAUAUGGCUUCGCCUUCAGUCACAUCUCAAAUUCUCGUUUUCGUCGGACACAUGACCAACGAAUUCACAGUCAGACCAAAUAAAGAUAUCGAAGAUGAUGCGCUGAACACGUUGAAGAAGAAUCUUACUGCAGCUACUGGUCUCCAAGGGGACGAAAAGAAACGCCCGAAUAUGAUCGUGCAAAUGGAAGAUCCCGAACUCCAAAAGAAGCGAGCAGAGACAGCAGAAAAGGAGCGUAUGCGUGCUCAACGUCGCCGGGAGGCCCAACUUGAAAAAGCCAGUCAAUCAACUGCUGGACGUCGUGCCGGUAUUGGUGCAGGUCUUACUCUUGACGAUUUGGAUGGCCGUUCUGGACGUCGUGGGCCACGCAAACCUGCUGGAGCCAAGCGUCCUCGUCGUAGACCAGAUUAUGAUUCGGACGAUGACCUUCCUCGUGGUAGAAAUCGUGAGGAUGAGUACGAUAAAGAAGAUGACUUUUUGGCAUCUAGUGACGAGGAACCUGAGGAGGGUGGAGGAGACGACGAUGAAGAGGAAAUUAUCGAUGAAAGUGAUGAGGCCCCUAGACAUAAGAAGCAAAAGACGUCGAAAAAACCUGUGGAAGAAAGUGAUGCUGACGCAGAUGCCGAAGCUGAUCUGGAUGACGAUGAAAUUGUUCAAGCUCCACAUGCAGAAGCUGGUGGAAAUAGGAGAAAGCGUAACAUCAUCGAGGAUGAAGAUGAUGAAUAA